AUGGCACCCUUCUUCGCACUCGCUACCAUCCUCGCGUCGCUGACGACCUCCGUCGUGGCUGUCGCGAACGUCCGCUGUGCGCCGGUGACGGGCCACACGAUGGCCGUGAGCUGGACGUCGGACGCGGCUGACUCGGCCCCGAUGAACGUCGCGCUGAUGAGCGCCGCGGGGAGUGAAAGCUACAUUGUCGCGGAGAACGUGCACCCGAAGGCCAACGCCGUCACGGUCCCGCUGCCCGACGUCCUCCCGGGCGCGUACAUAAUCUCGCUGCUCCCCGUCCCCUCGCGCUUCUCGCGCAGCCCCCUCCCCCGGGCCGCGCUCGCCGCCUCGCCGCCGUUCCACCUCGCCGCGCGCCAAGCCCCGUCCUCCUCGCGCAGCAGCACCCUCCCGCCGCUGUCGCGCACGGCCUCCUCGCUCUCCGCGAGCGUCUCCGCCGCGCAGUCGAGCAUCUCCGCCGCCGCGUCCUCCGCGCUCGCCUCCCUCUCCUCCGCGCAGUCCGCGGCGCAGUCGAACCUCUCCACCGCGCUGUCGCACUCGAGCUCCGUCGCCGCGUCGCUCAGCAGCGUGCUCGCGAGCCAGAGCGGGUCCGGCUCGGGGAACGCCGCGACCGCGGUAAGGCUCGUCGGCCCGGGUGUGGGCGUCGCGAUUAUGGCGGUGCUCGGCGGGGUGCUCGCUGGCGCGGCGUUGUUGUAG